AGAGACACGUUGAAGAGUGGACGCAGCAGAUAUGUCAGCCUCCUGUGCAUAGACAGCUACGGAUAAAUAUUUGAGUUUACGUGACUUGGACACAGACUAAACUCCACAAUGGUUGUUGUUGACUCGAACACUGCGACCAUUAUUCGCCUCAAAGGUCCUCUGGAGUUGAGAUGUCAGCUGGAUAACACAGAUGCACUGAUGCGAAAGGUAAUCUCAAGAACAUUUGAGAGCCUUCGUUCACAGGUGAAAUCCGAGUCCUGUGUUUUCGCCAUCUGUGACAGUCCAGUUUUCAUUUGGCCGAACAAAUGUGUUCAUGCAACACCUGAUGAAAUUACUCCAGAUACAUCGUGUGAGGAUCUAUACCCGUGGAUACAGACAGAUGAACAAGAGAGUGCUGGAAAGAGAUCUGCAAAAAAGAAAAUCAAAAAAAGCUUGUCACCAAGUGUCCUCAACUUUCACCUGAUGAUGGAAGUGACCAGGCCUGGCCCACUGUCAGCCCCGAUUCUCAGCAAAACCGUGAAGAAAUCCCACUUCCUGACUGCGACUCUUCCCAUGGACUGUGUUGUCCAUACCAGCUGCAGUGACACGCUCAGAGAUGCCUGUGAGAAACUGAUGGAGGCGCUGAUAAACCAACUGGGUGAAAUGGAGAAAGUGAUCCUGCAGCACAUGAAUGGGACGACAGUACUGGUCCCUGAGCCACUCCACUUCCUCCUCCCGGAGCCCAAUGGACUGGUCACUGUGAUUUUCCCAGCAGGAAUGCCUGACAGCCAGCUAGAAACAAAACGUAGGGAGUUGCAUAAGCAGUAUGAGCUGCCAGAAGACAGGCCUUACUUCAGAAGAGCCAAUGCUCACCACUUCCCCAAUGAACCCUACAGAGAUGGUUAUCUCCGAAACCCUCAUCUGAGUCUUACGCAUCCAACUCUGGACAACGGAAAGGUGUUCUUGGUCCAGGGGAUCUACAGCUAUCACCACUACAUGCAGGAUCGUAUUGAUGACAAUGGCUGGGGCUGCGCGUAUCGCUCCCUGCAGACCAUCUGCUCCUGGUUCCAGCAGCAGGGGUAUAUAGAGCGCUCUGUGCCGACGCAUAAGGAAAUCCAACAGGCUUUGGUGGUUGUUGGAGACAAGCAGCCCUCCUUUGUCGGGUCGCGUCAGUGGAUUGGGUCCAUUGAGGUUCAGGCUGUUCUGAACCAGCUCCUCAACGUCACUUCCAAGAUCAUGUUUGUGAGUCAGGGAUCUGAGCUGGCAUCAAAAGGCAGAGAGCUGGCAAACCACUUUCUUACUGAAGGAACUCCCAUCAUGAUCGGAGGGGGGGUGUUAGCUCACACAAUCCUUGGUGUUGCAUGGAGUGAGACCACAGGGCAGAUCCGCUACCUCAUCCUGGAUCCUCAUUACACAGGAGCAGAGGACUUACAGUUCAUUACAGACAAGGGGUGGUGUGGAUGGAAAGGACCAGAGUUUUGGGAUCAAACGGCAUAUUAUAACUUGUGUCUGCCUCAGAGGCCGAAGGUCAUCUGAGAUCUCCCAAAGUAGCGCUUUAAGCUUUUAAAAAAUGCAGGUGAAAAUGAUUAUCUUCUUGUUUUGUGUAAAUGCAAUGGAGUUUUGAAAUGUAUGUUUCUUGUUUCAUGAUGUUAAAUCUUGUAAUUUGCUUCAGUCCCACACAAAUUAAUUGGUUGCGAUGACAGCAGAAAUAUUUGAACUGAAAAUAGAAAUCCAGUAUGCACGUUUCUCUCUGUGCUUCACAUCUGCAACUUUAAUAAAGAGCAGUGAAAUAUA